AAUAGUGCGUUCAAUGACACUAAGUAAUGUAAACUAACCAUUACUAUGUCUAUAUACAAAAACAAUAGUUGUUUUCCAUUAUUAUAGAAAAUAAAUGCUGUUUCGAAAUUCAGUGAAUCGACAAAUUCAGAAAAUGCCCGUAUCGCAGCUUCAUCCAAAAAAGUCAUGGCAAAAGACAUUAUAUGGCAACCGGAGCUAUUUUGACAACUACACGGAUUCAAUGUUUUUGAAAGACUUACAGAAGAACAAAAAUGUGGAAUUUUUUAAUUAUCUGGAAGCUGUGCUGGGCGCCACAAAGUUAAUUCAUCAAUUUUCAUUGAUUGCCGUAUUUUUGCUAGUAUUUCAUAAUCUUUAUGUUCGUCCCUCGUAUAUUACGGCGGCAAGCCUUUUGUUGGUGGUAUUUUGUAUUUGUUGUAGCUGCUAUAUUUGUUUUAUAUUAUGGAAUGGACCCCGAUCGUGUGGCGGCUAUUUGGAAACAAUAAGAGAUGACACAAAAACAGUUACAUGUGUUCUAGUCUUCGGAUUUAUUUUAUCACCAAUGUUGCAUACGUUAACCAAAAGCAUUAGCACCGAUACCAUAUAUACAAUUACAUUUUUCGUAUUCCUUUUACAUAUAGUUUGUUAUGACUAUGGUAUGCCUGCAGCAUUAGUAUCACGUGCAAUAUCUUUAAAUGCUGCAAUAUUUGGAACUAUAUGCUUAGCAUCUCGACUCAAUACAUCACUAGAUGCGUUUGUGCUUCUUAUUGUGUCAUUUACGCUUUUUGCUGUUUAUCCUCAUCUAAUAUGUCUAUUAGAAUCGCAUUCAAAGUUUUACUUAUUGCUGAUACCUGUCGCCAUAUUUGUAUCCGCUUCAAGUUUUGGCCUGCUGAUGAUUUCACCUAAUUUAUUUUUUAUCAACUUUAUGGUUAGUUUCUUUUGUGGUAUGAUUUAUCCAUUCAUUUUUUGCUAUGCCCAAAAAUACAAAAACAACAUUCAUGGACCGUGGGAUGAGGCUGUUUUAGUUAAAUAAAAAUCCGUAAAAGUGGAACUCUGUGUUUUUUACAUGUAAUUGAAAUUCAAAAUAAAUUUACUUAAAAAUAAAA